AAAAUUUUUUAAAAAAUAAUUCUGUAAAAGUAUUUUUUAACAAUGUUGUUUUAGAUGAAUGGGAAACGUGGAAAUGACAAAUCCUUAAAACGUGAACCAUAGUGAGCAGAAGCAAUCUGAAACUUUGACCUGUUCCUGCUCCUCCCCCGCUCCUCCUGCUCCUGCUCUUUCUCCUCCUCCUCCUCCUCCUCCUCCUGCAGACGGUCUGAUCUCCUACGGCGCUCCUGAGGGUCAGCUCAUGAUGCCUCCUGGUUAUCCGAUCGCCAGCCUCAAUGACUCCACGUAUGAUGGAGCCCAUGAGAGGAGGAGGCUGCUGGGCGGGCUGGGUCAGCUGACGGACGGCGUGAUCGGGCUGGACGACUUCCUGCUGACGCGUCAGUACCACGUGUGGCCCGGAUACGACUACCUGGGCUGGAGGAACGACUCUCUGGGCAGUCAGGGCUUCGUGGAGAUGGAGUUUGUGUUCGACCGGCAGAGGAACUUCACCUCCAUGAAGGUUCACAGUAACAACAUGUUCGCCCGCGGCGUGAAGAUCUUCUCCUCCGUUUCCUGUUGGUUUAAGCCCCGCCUCAUCGCCGGCUGGGAGGCGGAGCCUGUGGCGUUCAAGACGGUGCUGGACGACAGGAACCCGAGCGCACGCUACGUCACCGUGCCGCUGAACCGCCGCGCCGCCAAAUCACUGCGCUGCCGCUUUUACUUCGCUGACGUCUGGAUGAUGUUCAGCGAGAUCUCCUUUCAGUCAGAGGACACCGUACUCCCGACCCUGAUGACGCUGGGUUCGACCUCCCCGCCGCUCAAAGAGCAAAGCUCCAUGACGACCACUCCUGUGACAACAGCCAACCCGUCAGCCAGCGACCCGCCCGAUGACGGGAACACGCCCAUUCUGAUUGGCUGCCUGGUGACCAUCAUCCUGCUGCUGGUCAUCAUCAUCUUCCUCAUCCUGUGGUGUCAGUACGUCUGCAAGGUGCUGGAGAAGGUGAGCGGAGGAACCACGAGCACUUUUCACGCACAGAGGGCGCAUUACAGACGCUGCGUCGUCUCGUCUUUACGCCUCUGCAUUUUUACUCAGAGCCAAACGCUACA